AUGUACGCUGGACGCCGACGGAGGAAGCCCGUACCCAGGACGGCCAAGUUGCCUCCCUCUGAAGGUGUCAAGGCAAACCCAUCCAAGCGGCACCGGGAGAGGCUGAACUCUGAGCUUGAGUGCCUGGCCAGCCUGCUGCCCUUUCCCAAUGAGGUCAUCUCCAGUUUGGAUAAACUAUCCAUCCUUCGGCUUACUGUCAGCUACCUGCGGACUCAAAGCUUCUUCCAAGGUAAGCUCUGGGCCCUGCUUCACUCGAGAUCUUGUUCAAGGGGAGUAGAAGGGGCAAGGGGGCAAUCUCCAACAAGGAAAACUUGGGGAAUAUUGGAAGGAAUUGUGCCCGAGGGCGAACUUCUCCUCCAGGCCCUGAAUGGUUUUGUGCUGGUGGUCACCUCUGAGGGUUUAAUCUUUUACUCCUCUCACACUAUUCAAGACUACUUGGGAUUCCAUCAGACAGAUGUUUUACAUCAAAGUGUCUUUGAGUUGAUCCACACAGAAGACCAACCAGAAUUCAGGCGCAAUCUUUGCUGGAGGCUGCCAUCAACUCCCAAAGCUGAGAGCGAUCAGGCCUGCUCCGGUGAAACAAGCUCCAGCCCAUCUGAUAGCAGUGACCGACUGGAGGAGCUCCCCCCAGAGAACUCAGCAGUUCUAGAACGGAACUUUGUCUGCCGGUUCCGUUGCCUGCUUGAUAACUCAUCAGGGUUCCGGGCUUUAAGCCUUCAAGGCCGACUGAAACCCCUCCAUGGGCAGAACCACCGAACCAAGAAUGGUUCUCCGGCACCUCCUCAGCUGGCUCUCUUUGCUGUCUCCACUCCUCUGCAGCCUCCCUCCAUUCUGGAGAUCAGAACAAAAACACUGACCUUCCGGACCAAGCACAAGUUGGAUUUCACCCCUGUCGCCUGUGAUGCCAAAGGAAAGCUCGUGCUGGGAUACACGGAAGCAGAGCUGCGCAUGCGUGGGACCGGCUAUCAGUUUAUCCAUGCUGCUGACAUGCUCUACUGCGCUGAGAACCACAUCCGUAUGAUGAGAACAGGGGAAAGUGGCCUGACAGUAUUUCGUCUUCUGACCAAAGAAAAUCGUUGGCGAUGGGUCCAGUCUAAUGCCAGGCUCGUCUACAGAAAUGGCAAACCUGAUUACAUCAUUGCCACCCAAAGGCCUCUUGUGGAUGAAGAAGGAGGAGAGCACCUUCAGAAAAGGUCCCUCCACCAUCCCUUUACCUUUGCUACUGGGGAAGCACUUUUGUACCACGCCACCCACCCAGAUCCUGGUUUUCCUGACCCUUUCCAAACUAAAGGAAAAGUUCCUAAAUUCAGAAAGUCUCCCAAAGGAGAAAGGAGCCAGCUAGAUCUCCCAGCUCCUAAUUCACUUCGUGGGGCCAUGAUGCAACAAGAUGCGGCCAUCUAUGUGUCACAUGCAGCAGUGACGCCAGAACUUAGCUUCAGCACUGACAUCCUUGGUCAGAUUGGAGAGCCCUUUGUGGCUCAGGUAACAGGAGACAUCCUGGCUGGGACUUCAAGGGUGAUUUCCUCUGAGCAUCAGCAUAAGGAAUUGGUUGAUUUGAAUCAAGGAGCUGCCCUCCUAGCUACCCUGGAUUCCCUUUCUCUGGACUGUGAUGAGACUUGUUCCAACAAUGAGCUCUUGGGUGCUUUAGAAAACCUGGGGCUUAAUGCUGAGGAGCUGGAGCUCCUGCUGCUAGAUGAGUGGAGGGUGAGGGGAGGAGAGAAGCCAGGCCCUAGCCCAUCUCUGAAUGAGAUGCUAACAAACAGGGAGAUCUUGUCCCAUGUUCAUGGUUCCCUCUUGAACAAAAAUGAGAAUGAACAAGUUGGGGAUCCUCUGGCUUCCUUGAGAACUCACUCUUUGUCAAGCCCAAGCCAAGAACCCGAAGUCAACAAUUCCCAUAUGGCCCAUCAAUAUCCACUUCAUAUACCACAAGAACCACAACCCAACCAGCUAGCCCAAAUACUGUGCCUUCCAAAUACAAUGCAACACCGUGGUGUAAGCCAGAAGCAGCCAAGUCAUCUUCCUUGGAAGCCUGGCCCAUCCCAGCCUGAGACAUAUGAAAGGCCUAACCAGAACAGUCGUGAGCCAUGGAGGCAUCUGUCAGUAACAUCUCAGCAUCUUUCUGCUCUGUUCACACAGUCACCUACAGAGAUUGAGCAACAGUGUACACAGUGGCCACCAUCUAAUAGUUCAGGCCUUCUGAGCCCAUCCUUCCUCCAUCAAUCCUUAGAAAAUCCUUACCAGCCCAAACAAAGUCAGCAGCAGCUGGAAAAGCAUUUGGGGUCACAGCAUGGAGGACACCAACCUAUAUUUCAGCAUCAGCUUCAUGUUCAACCACAACAACUCCGUGGCCAUACAUCAUCAGAAUCAGGGAGCCUUUUACAGCCUCAUACUGACCUGAACUUAGUUAUGAACAGGAGUCAGAGCUGUGAUUCACCCAGUCAACAAAUUCUGGGUGACAACUUAUGGCCUAACCAUGUCUCCAGGAAUCAGGACCCAACUCAAACAAAGCUUCUGAGCCAGGCAGGAAACAGUACUGGACCACAGGUCUACUCAAGAAAUGUUCAACGAGAGUCCAGAAAGUCCCAGACCCGGAUCAAUCAAAAUAGAUUAGACAGUGUGGACACUGGCAAAAGUCAUGGGACUGGAGCUGAGAUGGUGCCUGGCCAAAGAUCCUUACUCCCUUGCACAUGUCACCCCAUCCCUUUAAAACCUUCUGCAUCCAUUUCUUCUGAGACCAUGUUUCCAUUUCAGAAUUUCACUUCAGACCAUUUUGUUAAUGGAGAGGGAUGCCAGGAGACACUGUCAGAAAAUAUGUGUGAAUUGGCCAACAGAUCCUUGGAAUCCUGGGAAGACUUCCUCCUGCCCAGUGGACAACCUACUGCCACCACCGAAAGACAUUCCUGCCCCAAAGUGUUUCCUCAGUCAUCACCUUCCUCCAAUGGUGGCUUUUAUUUUUGAGUCAAAGAUUCAAAUUAAGAAAACAUGAGCACCUCAAAGCCACAUGGUAGGAUAAGCCAAUAUUUAGGUUAAGGAAAAAAAAAAAGAGGUAUGCAUUUCUCUCUCUGCUCAUCUCUUUUCCCUUCAUGCCUUUACCGUUAGCCAUAGAGCUCUCAUGGCUUGAGACAUGUGUGAAAUGGAGCAAGGUUAAGUGGAAGGAUUCCAUCUUUACUGCAAUGUUCUACACAUUUCAUCUACUAUUUGCUGGAAUGGGGAUGAGUUAUAAGAGAGACAUGUUCAUAGACUAACCUACCUCUAUUCUUGUUCAUCAAGCCUGGCACUGGGCUCAUAUGGUUUAUUAGCGUUUCUUAGAAACCUUUACAUUCAAGGACGUAGCACCCAAAUGUCCUUCUAUUUAAUAUUUCCACAGUCCUAGGCAGAAAUCAAAGGAUUUAGAGCAAGGAGGGACCUUAGAGGACAUCUAAUCCAAACCCCAUCACUUUAUAGGUAGAGAAACUGAGGCUCAGAAAGGCCAUAGUCAUCAAUUUAGAGUUGUGAUAACUUACUAUAUAUCACACAAUCCAUGAGCAGCGUAGCUGGAUUAAAAUUCAGAGCUUCUGAAGUCAAAUCCCAUGUUCUUUCUACUGCUGGUGAUAACAUUUUCUUUUAAAAGAUAAGUACAUACAAGUGAAAAAGAGAAAGCAGCUGGGGUUGGGCCAAAUAACCUCUGAAGGGCCGUGGACCUGAGAGAUCCUAUGACAUGUUUAGACUCAGGUUAUUGACUGCUUGUCUCUUUCCAGUUGAGCUGUUCUCUCAAGCUCAGUAAGUGACUGUGUUGGUGGUGCAAACUUCCUUCCAGGCUUUUAGCUAAUACAGCUUAAAGCCCUGUUUGGCUGAAGAAGCAUAAUUACAAUCUAGCGUGAGUUAAGGCUGGGAGUAACCCAACUCACCCUGUGAAAUGUUUCUGGAUUGUACUAAGCUGAUCUUUUAGUCUAGUCUACAUAGUGUGGUAGAUCUGAUUUCAGUGGCUUUAAAAUGGAGGAAAUCAGAGCUUCACUGUGUCCAUGGGGUUUGUGCAAGGACGUUGCACUAUGGGAGAGACACCAUUCUAAUGAAAUCCUUUUGAAAUAAGAGCACAUGAAUGAGACUCAGAAUGGAUCUGCCUUCUCCUGCCCUCCAUGGCCUGCAGGGAAGCUCCAGGGGGCUUUGGCAAUGAUUCAGUUACAAAUACUAAUUGCUCACAUUUCUAUAGAGAAUUAGGGUAUGCACAGAACUUUACAAUUAAUUUUAUUUUACAUGACUUUGAGGUAGGCGCUAUUAGUCCCAUUUUACAAAUGAUGAAACUGAGGUCCAGUAAGAUAAAGUAACUGGUGUGCCCAGUAUCCUACGCAGAAUUUCAGCUGUAGGAUUUGAACUGAAGUCCUUCUGACUUUAAGUCCAGCCAUUCAACAUCACCUUUGUCCAGAGUUUUGAAAACCAGUGUCUUUAAAACACUCAAUUUGUUAAAGAUGAGAUGAAAUCCAGCCCUAGGUUAAAAAUUCUCCACAACCGUCCUCUCAUCUCAUUGUAUUCUUGUUUCACACUUUGGGAUGGAUACAGUUUGUAGGUGAUGAAACACAGAUAUCAAAUUUCAAUAAGUACGCACCUGUAAAAAGGAAAAAAAACCCACCACAUCCAUUGGGGUUGGGCCAAAUGGACUCUGUCAGCUCCCAGGGGCCACAAGAAGGCGGCAUCUAUUGGGCAAGAAAGGAAAUGGAAUUGGCCAGAGCAUCUUUCCAUGAUGGGUCCCAUUGGAAAGGUAGGUCAGUGCUAUGAUGAGAUGUACCAGAUGGAAACUUGGUUCGGAACUAAAACCUUGCCUAUAUCCUCAUGUUCCAUGGACCACAUUGUAGCCUUUGAAAUGGUCUAGCCCCUUUUUUCAUUCCUAUCAAUAUUAAUCCCCUUCACUGGUUCCAAAGUUAGAAUUUGAUGGCAGUCAUGUUACUGCUGGUAAUUGCACUGUGCCAUCCACAAUGGGCCCAUAUUGAUGGGCUCCCACUUUUAGUCCCCACCAAAAAGUCUCCAAAUAAAAGCAGGGGAUAAGGAUAAGGAUGUGAAGAGUUAGGCCUUUCUGUCUGGUAUUUUCAUUGUCAGACCUGAAAAGAGAAAGAAUGAAUGAAAGAAUGGAUGGAUGAGCUCUAGUUGGCUACAUCUAUACCCAGACAAAUCUCAAAGGAAAUAUACGGUGAUUGGGUCAAGGUCAAGGCUAAAUUGCUGGAAAUCUUUUCUUUGAUAGAUUUUCAAGUUAAGAAUAGUGCUUCAGGGGGCAGCUAGAUGGCGCAGUGGUUAAGCACCAGCCCUGGAUUCAGGAGUACCUGAGUUCAAAUCCGGCCUCAGACACUUGACACUUACUAGCUGUGUGACCGUGGGCAAGUCACUUUACCCCCGUUGCCCUGCAAAAAAACCAAACCAACAAGAAUAGUGCUUCAUUUAAUCCAGAAAUGCUGAUUUAUUUCAUGGCACUGCAUUUAAGGAAGGGUAUUAGAGAGUCCAGAAGAGGUUAGCUAGGUUGUGAAGGGCCUCAUGAGCCUUAUAAGGAACAGUUCAAGGAACUGGCACUAUUUAACCUGGAGAAGAAAAGAUGCAAAGUGGGGAAUGGUAUCUGAGGGGCUGCCUUGGAAAACCAGGAUUAGGCUUUUUCUACUUGGAUCCAGAAGACAAAAAUAGGAGAGGGGGAUAGAAGAUGCAAGGAGACAAAUUUAGGCUCAAUACACAGAAAUACUUCCUAAACAGCUCCUAGCACCUGUAACUAUCCCAAAGGGUACUGGACUGUUUUGAGGAUCAAAUGACUUUCACAUUAUAGGAAGUCUUCAAGAAAAGUCUGGAUGACUAUAGCUUAAGCAUGUUAUACAUGAGAUUCUUGUUCAGGAAUGGGUGGACUAGUUGGCAUCUGCGGUCCCUUCCAAAUAUCAUGGAAAAUGAUCACUGCUUAUAAUUUAGGGUAAAAAUCAGUAAAAUUUUACUUUACCCAUAGUUAAAAGCCAUGGUGUGUAGAAGCAUUGACUGAGCAAUAGAGAAGUUUCUGAACAUAAGCCAUUUCUCACUGGUAUUUAUAGUAUGCAGGAAAUACAUAGCAACGAUGGGUUCACAAAUCAUGCACCAUUGUCCUUGGGGGCAGUUGUAGGAAUGGGAAUGGAAAGAUCUUAAUGUCAUUGGCAUCAGAUCCUGAGACAGGGUAGGCUUUGUCUUCUGGCUGGUCUUGCACAGGAUCUGGGAAAAAGGAAAGCAAAAUCCUGGGGUUUUGACGUGACUGUUGAGUGACAUUCAAGUGUUGGUUUAGUCUACAAUGGAGUUGUUCAUGUUAAGGGAAAGAAACUAUUGGACCCCUUUCUCCCUGUCACCACAGACUCUGAAACUCUGUGAUUUGACCCCCUGAGAUGGAA